GGCACAGUACCCUUUGCCUUCCCUGAAUGGGAAAAGGGGAAAAAAAACUAGCAUCCUAUUUUUCCCGCCUAAAUGUCAUCAAUUUGUUGAUUGUUGCUUUGUGACCUGUGACAAAGAAACACUUUUUACUUAUUAAAUCUGAUCAUGAAAGUUGAAAUGUUCAUUUGCUGAUAUAAGUGAAGUGAAGAAGGUAAAAAAUAUACAGCUAGUUUUACACUCUUGGUUUUGGGAUAACGCCUACAGUUAGUUACUUAAAGGUAACCUAAAAACUAAGAACAGUCGGUAUUUUGUUUAUUCUAGUACAAUACAAUUUAGUAGGCAACCAAUUUCUACUUGUAAUAAAUACAAAAAAAUAUCUGCACAAUGGAUGUUGCUGAUACAUACGCAACACAAAAUCAAGUGAAAGAUGAAGUUGGAGUGAGGUGCCAAAAGUUAUUUCAGGAUUUUUUGGAAGAAUUCAAAGAAGACCAUGAACUCAAAUAUGAGAAACAAGCAAAAGAACUGUUGAAACCAGAAUUAAGCACACUGGAAGUCAGUUUUGACGAUGUGGAAAAGUACAAUCAGAAUCUCGCAACUACAAUCAUAGAGGAAUAUUAUAGAAUAUACCCCUUUCUCAAUCAAGCUAUAUUCAAUUAUGUGUUAAGUUUAGCAGACAGUAGCAUGAAAAAAGACCUUCAGGAUAAGGAAUGCUAUGUUUCUUUUGUUGAUGUGCCUACUAGACACAAAGUGAGGGAGUUGACUACUGCAAAAAUAGGCACCUUGAUAAGAAUAUCGGGACAAAUUGUGAGGACACACCCUGUCCAUCCUGAACUUGUCUUGGGAACUUUUGUCUGUCUCGAUUGUCAGACUGUAAUUAAGAAUGUGGAGCAGCAGUUCAAGUAUACAAUCCCAACUAUCUGUAGAAACCCAGUAUGUGCAAACAGGCGUCGGUUCAUGCUUGAUGCAGACAAGUCUGUUUUUGUGGACUUCCAAAAGAUUCGUAUACAAGAGACUCAAGCCGAGUUGCCUAGAGGAUGCAUACCACGGUCCCUUGAAGUGAUUUUGAGGGCAGAAGCUGUGGAGUCUGUUCAGGCUGGUGACCGUUAUGACUUCACUGGAACCCUAAUUGUAGUUCCCGAUGUUGGUUCCCUUUCCAUGCCUGGGGCAAAAGCAGAACUCACUACCAGAACACGGCAGGCAAACGAGGGACAGAUGGAGGGCAUCAAGGGACUCAAAGCUUUGGGAGUCAGAGAGUUACAUUAUAAGACUGCAUUUCUAGCAUGUAGCGUUCAAGCUAUAGCACGUAGAUUUGGUUCAGCAGACCUCGCCACAGAUGAUCUCACCACUGAAGACAUGAGGAAGCAGAUGACUGAUAAAGAGUGGGAUAAGGUAUAUGAGAUGUCAAGGGACCGGAAUCUCUACAACAAUCUGAUUGCGAGCUUGUUUCCGAGCAUCCAUGGGAACAAUGAGGUGAAGAGAGGGAUCCUGCUUAUGAUGUUUGGUGGCGUCGCCAAGACUACCGUGGAAGGCACUACUCUACGUGGUGAUAUAAACGUGUGCAUAGUGGGUGAUCCCAGUACGGCCAAGUCCCAACUACUGAAGCAAGUGAGCGAGAUCACUCCCCGAGCAGUUUAUACAAGCGGGAAAGCUUCUUCGGCCGCCGGUCUCACCGCUGCUGUCGUUAAGGAUGAAGAGUCAUUCGACUUCGUGAUCGAAGCGGGCGCUUUGAUGUUAGCCGACAACGGCGUUUGUUGCAUCGAUGAGUUCGACAAGAUGGACCCCGCCGAUCAAGUGGCCAUUCACGAGGCAAUGGAGCAGCAGACCAUAUCGAUCGCUAAGGCCGGUGUAAGAGCCACACUGAACGCUCGCACAUCCAUUUUGGCCGCGGCCAAUCCAAUAGGAGGUCGAUACGACAGAGCUAAAUCCUUACAGCAGAACGUUUCCCUGAGCGCGCCAAUUAUGUCCCGUUUCGAUCUAUUCUUCAUACUCAUAGACGAAAGUAGCGAAAUGGUGGACUACGCUAUAGCCAGGAAGAUAGUGGAUCUGCAUUGCAACAAGGAGGAGUCUUACGACUGUGUCUAUUCGAGGGAAGAUUUGUUGAGAUACAUUGCUUUCGCGAGGUCUUUCAAGCCCAUCAUCACUGAGGAAGCCGGCAAACUGCUAGUGGAAUAUUACACAGUCCUCCGUGGUAGAGAUGGCAGCGGGGCCUCCGGAGGGGGAUCGUGGAGGAUCACUGUGAGACAACUCGAGUCCAUGGUGAGACUCGCUGAAGCAAUGGCCAAGAUGCAUUGCAGCGGGCAAGUCUGUCCACAACACGUGCAUGAAGCUUAUAGGUUACUAAACAAAUCCAUCAUCCGAGUGGAGCAGCCCGAUAUCCACUUGGACGAAGAGGAACCCCAGUUCGAACCCAACAUGGAUGUGGACAAUGAGACACCCAAUGGCACUGGAGAAACUAAUGGCCAUGUGAACGGGGAUUCUGCACCUAAAAAGAAGCUUACUUUAUCUUUCGAAGAGUACAAAGCGCUUAGUGACAUGCUGGUCGUGUUCAUGAGGAAAGAGGAAGCUGAGGCGGAGACGAGAGGCGAGGAGAGUUCCGGCAUGCGCAAGAGUGCAGUAGUUAGUUGGUAUUUAGAACAGUUAGUGGGUCAAGGGCAUAUAGAAGAUGAAGACGAAUUACUGCAGAGGAAGACGCUCGUGGAAAAGGUCAUCGACCGGCUGAUGUACCAUGACCAAGUGAUCAUACCUCUAUCAACCACCGGUCUCAAGACAACGCAGAAGUCAGCGGACCAGGAGAUAGAAGAUGAUCCUCUGUUAGUCGUACAUCCCAACUAUGUCGUUGAUACGUAAUUAAUAACAUUCCUAGUUUGUAAACGUGCCUUUUUUAUAAUAAAUAAUCAUUGUAAUUAAGAAAAUGCGUUUUAUACAUAUAAAAAUAAGAGUUCCGUUUUCCUUUUCCCAUGUCUGUUUUCACAAAAAAAAAAUACCCUUUUUAGUUUCAGUCGUCAGGAAAAAUGAAUAGAAUAUGUUAAGACGAAUCUAAUGAGCCCAAACUCGAUAUGUUUACUAGUAGGCAGUCCAAGGUUCCACCAGCCACCUUCC